UGUUUUGUUUUCCUUUAAAUAGUGGUUUCUGUACCCAAAGGCCUGCAAUUCUAAUGACACACUUUAUGGUAUCCUUGCCUGGGAAUAACGCAUGACAGGCUACAAUCUGUCCUCUCUCAUGGUCCCCUCACACUUGUUUGCUUUUUAAAAACCCUUGUGGAAAUGGCUUGCCAUUGAGUUUCCCUUGGGUAGCUGGGAAGGACCCCAAUCUCAAAAAUGAAAAUAUUAGAUGUGAAGGUGAUUUGAACAAGGAACAAAAAGCCUGUGUUCUAGUGCUGGCACUGCCAUUAUUACCCAUGUGAACUCUGGAAAAUCUCCAGAUCUCUAUGGGUUGUGGUUUCCUCAUGGGUAAAAUUGGGAUACUAAUACCUACCUCACGGGGUUGUUGUGAGGAUUAAAUGUGCUCUGUAAGCUGUUGUACUACAUAAAUACUUGCAAUUUUUUGUUAUGAUUUAAGAGCCAUUUAAAAAUAUUCCCUGUCCAUAUGGCAGACACGCUAACAUUUGUACUAUCUGAUCAAGGGUUUUCAUGGUCAGAUAGUGGAUAUUUAAAUCACUGGAGCAAAAUUUUAUGUUUCUGUGUAAAUAUUUUUGUGUGGAGAAGGUCCAUAGUUUUCAUUGGUUUUCUAAAAGGGGUCCAUUAUCCUAAAAAGGUAAAAGACAGUGCUUUAGAACUGAAAAAUGGGACUCAGUAAUGGAAAUAAGUUUAUUGCUUCCAGAAGCUCCCUCUUAACGCAUAUGCAGUAGAAAUUCCAAUGCUUUUUAGAUAGUGAAAUUGUUAAUGUGGCCUGGUGACUGACUCUACAGAACAUUUGAAGUUGAGACAGAAAACCUUGGCCAUAUGGUCAUGGUAGCCAUUGGGUUAUCCAACUGCAGUGUGAAGGUGGAGAUAAAACAAAUUAUUAGCCAUGUGGCCCUAAGAAAGUCACCUUACCUCAUGGGGUCCAUUACCUCAUUUGUAAAGUGAGGGGUUGACCUCAAAGAUUUCCAAAAUUCCGAGUUUGAACUCUCUAGGGAAGUGCGAUCAAAACUGGACUUGGACGGAGCCCUUCAUGGCGAAAAUGAAUUGGGCUUUGUGUAAGAGAAGAAAGGAGUGUCAGGGAGAGGGGGAGGGGCAGAGAAUGCAAGGAGCCCCAUUCUUGAUAAAGAUGGGAAGCAAGCCUGUUGAAGUGAAGAGGCAGAAUGAUUGGGGCAGAAAGAGAGCUGGUGUGCUACUCCUGAAGAUCCAAAACUCCGGUGGAUCAGAGACUCAGCCUCUACCUUUCACCCUGGGCCUGACUUGCCGGAACAGAGUUGACCCUAGGGGAACAAAUCCUCUGCACUCACAGCACUUCCAGUUCUCACAGAAGCAAAUGCCUGGAGUCUGCCCUCUUCCCACAUCAAGUGGUUUGGCUACUUAAGGAAAAUGCUGCCCUACAAAUGCCUCAAGGCCCAAGCUCUGGAAAACUGCACUCCUUGGUUUGGAAGCAGCACUGACUGAAGCAGGGUUCUUUGGAAACAGACAAGUGUUGAUUUCAUAAUCAAGAAGAAAGUCAGACCUCUAACUAUGGAUACAGCCUGCAGCUAUGGGCUUAAAUGAACGAAUGACUGGAGUGUAUCUUGGGAGGGCUUCUUGCCACCACUCUCCCCCGCAGCCUCGGAGGAUGAGGCUCCUCAGGAAACUCCGCGCCUCCGCUCCGGAGCCCGCUUUCUCCAACGUGCUCACGCCGGCCCGCAUCCCCGAGUUCUGCAUCCCGCCGCGACUGUCCGCGUCUUGCGCGACCGAGUCCCCGCUUCCGGCCGCCUCUCUGCCCCGGCGCUGCGCAGCCGAGCGGGACCUGUGGCCCAGAGCCGCCGACGACGGCGCGGCGCACACGGACUGGGACCCGCGCUCGCAGGCAGCGCUGUCGCUGCCGCACCUGCCCCGCGCGCUCACCGCCUACGGCUUCUGCGCGCUGCUCGAGAGCCCGCACACCCGCCGCAAGGAGUCGCUCUUCCUCGGGGGCCCCGCCGCCGCCCCGCUCGCGCCCCGGGACGCAGCUCCCGCCUCCGCCCCCGCGCUCCCCGCGGGCCCCCGCGCGCCCCCGGACGCGCCCGCCCCGCCGCUCCGCGCCCGCCGCCUCCUGCGCGCGCCGCAAGGGCUGCUGCGCCGCGCGCUGCGGGCCCGGAGGAGCCGAGGCCCGGCCCGCGCCCGCUCCGUGUCCAGCGGCGACGGCGACGAGGACGAGGAGCGCGGCGCCGUCUCGGGGCCCGGGCCCCAGGCCGCGUCCGCGUCCCCACCGCCGCCGCUGCCCUGCGCCGGCCCGCGGCCCGAGCGCCUGGAGGCCGAGGGCACCGUGGGCCUGGGCCGCGCCGGGGGCGCCCUGCGCCUGGCCGCCGAGUACAGCCGCGCCAGCGGGCGGCUCCGCGUCCGGCUGCUGGGCGCCGAGGGCCCGGCCGCGGGGACCGCCGCGUCGCCCGCCGUCGGCUGCCGCGUCAGCUUCGUCCUGCGGCCGCCGGGCCAGACGCGCUCGCAGCGCAGCGCCGUGGUCCCGCGGAGCCGCAAGGCCGCCUUCGACCAGGACCUGUGCGUGGACGGACUGUCGGAGGACCAGGUGCGCCGCCUGGCCGUGCGGGUCCAGGCCGAGCCGCGGGGUCGCGGCCUGGAGCGGGGCGGCCAGCGGGGCCAGGGCGAGCUGCUGCUGGGCUCCCUGCUGCUGCCCUGAGGCCGCCCGGGCCCCAGAGCGUCCCCUCGGGGCGCGCCCGGCGCGCUGGGGGCUCGGACACGGACAGCCACCUCGGACAAA